AACAGUAAAGAUGGCGACGUCUGUAGCCGGAGAGGGGCAACUAAGUCUAAACGGGAUUGUUUCUGAGCCCCAGACCAAAAAACUAACCGACUUGCCGACCGAAUUGCUCGAAUACAUCCUGUGCUUCCCUGUCCUCAAACAUGUCGACAUUUGUAACGUUUCCUGCUGUUGCAAGCGGCUACACGACGUUUGCCAUGGAAGGGGGAAGGUCUGGGGACACCAGUACAAACUCAGAUGGCCCAGACUGCAGAGGUUUUACCGUCAAAAUGAGUCCUGUGACUGGCUCAGAGAAUACAAAACACGUCAUAGAGUCGGUAUACAAAUAAGGAGGACAGUGGAAUCAAUCUCAAAGAGAUUCUUCACAGAAGUUCCUUGCGUUGGCCAGGUGCUGGGAGACAGCUUUGCAGAGAUUGAGUCACUUGGGAUGCCAGAACACUUUUGUGAAGAUGAGCUCCUCUUUAUACUCAACACAGAUAAGAGGAAAAGCCUGACCUUGAAGUACUAUGCAAAGAAAAUCCUUUACUUUCUGCGACAGCAAAACAUCCUGAGGAGUUUGAAGACUUUCCUGGAGCAGCCGGCAGAACAGCAGUCAGCUCUCGAAGGUGCCGUACUGGUGGACCAGUAUUGUAACCCACUGGCUGAUGUCACGUUGGACAGUAUAUCGGCUCAGCUGGAUGAGAUCACAGAGAAAGUGAAGAAGAUGCUGAGACUUAAGAAUCCCUCUCACCCCAGCCUGCGUAUCGCUCAAGGCGACUGUUUUGUUGUAGAAGACUUUGAGCUCCAGAGGCAGGUGCUGUGUGCCCUAAACUCUGUCUUAUAUGAGCAGCUACAAUACAAAGGCAAUGAGUUUGACUACUACAACCCUCUCAACUCGUACAUCCAUCAGGUGCUACUACGCCAUACAGGCAUUCCCAUAAGCCUCUCUGUCCUCUAUAUGACUUUAGCCCAGAGGUUGGGUGUUCAGUUGGAACCUGUCAAUUUUCCCAAUCACUUCUUACUGCGCUGGUGCCAAAAACCAAGAGGGAGUGAGGACAUCUAUGACUUUGUCUACAUCGAUGCCUUCGGUCGAGGUAAACAGCUGACGGCCAAGGAGUGUGAAUAUCUCAUUGGCCACCAGGUGACGGCAGAUUAUUACAGUGCCAUUAGCACCACAGAGGUGCUGCUCAGGAUGGUGGGAAACCUGCUGAACAUCGGAAAGAGAGGGGAGGGUAAUGAGAAAUCCUACCAGCUCCUACGAGACUCACUGGACCUCUACCUCACUAUCAACCCUGAUAAUGUGCAGUACCUGCUCCUGCAGGCACGCCUCUACUUCCAUUUGGGCAUCUGGCCAGAAAAGGUACUAGACAUCCUGCAGCACAUUCAGGCGCUGGACCCAUCCCAGCAUGGGGCAGUGGGUUACUUGGUGCAACACACACUGGAGCAUAUCCAGCAUAAGAAACAUCCUGUAGCACCCGAGGUGAAGAAGCGUAGCGCUCCAGAACACAAGGAGGUUCAGUAUUCAGUUGGACUCAUCAUGAAACACAAGAGGUCGGGUUAUAACUGUGUGAUCUACGGCUGGGAUCCAAAGUGCACCAUGAGCCAAGAAUGGAUCACAACGAUGAGGGUCCACCAGCUGUCCAAGGGGGCCAACCAACCCUUCUACAACGUCCUCGUACAGGACGGAACAUGCCGUUACGCAGCACAGGAGAACUUGGAGCCCCACUCGGCCCCCCUGGAGAUCGGCCACCCGGAGGUGGGACGUUACUUCUCUGAGUUUUCCGACACCCACUACAUUGCCAACGAAGAACUGCAGACACGAUACCCAGAGGAUAUGGAUGUAACUCUGGACACAGUACGGGAGCUCUACAGCGGGCCCCCAUCAGGUCAUGGGAACCAGGACCAGGCCCCUGCCGCAGACCAAAACCACCACCAAACCACACAGAUGUAGCCAAAAAAAACAAAAACAAAAAAACAAAGCCAUGUCAUAUGCCCUGCUGACCCAGUUACCCCAAUUCUGGUCACCCCUUCUCAGUUCACUCUUUGCUUAUUAAAUGUUGCUUUACUGACCUCCUACAGUGAGCGCUUGGACAUCAGUGUUGUGUAUAUAAUGGUAAGGUUUUUGUAUCAAGAAACUGCUGGUUAAAAUCAAAAUAAUAUGCAGCAGAUGCUUCAAGAGUAUUUCCAGUCAGGGUUGUACAUAGGUCUGAAAAUAGUUGUGUUUUUUAGAUCUGAGGAAAUGCGAGGUUAGUUUUAAAGGAAUGAGGCUGGAGCUGUACCACAAACAUAUCUUAAUAUGACAGUACAGUCAUUAUCCAGGUGCUAAGAUGCACAGGAUGCAUCGCUUUGACUUCCUGAAAACACCAUAAUCCAGUUGUGCAAAACGUAUGAAGCUUGAACGAGCGUGGAACUGUUGAAAUCCUUACAAAAAGGAUUGCAGGGACCAGGUGAAUGGUUAAGUCAAGGAGUGAAUUCAGGAUGGGUACCCAGUUGCUGUAAAUUCCCCUUCAGUCAAAAUAAAAAAAAAAAAAAAAAAAAAAAGCAAGCAAUGCUCCUUCACCCAGAGCGCGCCCCCCCACCCCC